UCCUAUCCAAUUAAAAAUUCUAAAUCCAUCUUCCCUUUUUGUUUCUGCAAUCAUCUUUUCUCUCUCUACACAUCAAGAAAGUGUAAUUUAAUAUAGCAGAGAACCCAUUUUACACAUAACAAGAAAGUGAGUAGUAUAUAAUUUCUUUCAUAAAAAUACACUUGGCAACUGCAGCAACUCCUGGUUUACAGGUGUGUUGGAUCCUCUCCAUACUCAACACCUUUCCCCCACACACACAAAAAAAAGUGGGUAUACAAAAAAGAAGAAGAAAAAAUAGCAAUAAAACCCAAGAAGGAAAAACCCCAAAUAAUAAUCUUGGAUUAUUUCAUUUUACAUUUUGUCAAAUUUGGAUUUUGGGGUAUCCCAAAAAGGUAAAAAGAUCCAAUCUUUAUGAAUUUUGUAGUGUAGUUGAAGAGGAGAUUAGUGGAUUGGUUACUUGUUGGGGAUUUUGCUAGAAGAAUUGAACCCAAGUUUGUAUUUUUUUGCCUCUUGUUUUGUUUUAGCUUAAGGUGGUGUUUGGUUGUUGUGCUGAAAAAACAAGAGAUUUUGGUGUUUUGGAUUUUGAGGGACUUUUGAUUGGUGAAAGAUUGAAUUUUGUUUGUGUUGGCUCAGGGGGCUGUUUGGUUGUUGUGCUGAAAGGGCAAGAGAGUUUGGUGUUUUGUGUGUAUGGGAAUUUGGUAGGUGAUUAAAGAUUGAGUUUUGUUUGUUCUGGCUCAAGGGACUGUUUGGUUUUGAGCUGAAGAGUAAGAGAGAAAUUUUUGGUGUUUUGUGUAUUUGAGAGUUUGAUGAAUGGUUUUGAGGGUCUUUUGAUUAGAGAAAGAUUGGAUUUUGAGUGCUUAAGGGUCUGUUUGGUGUUGUGCUGAAGAGACAGAAGAGAGAAAUUUUGGCGUUUUGUGUAUAUGGGAGUUUGGUGAAUGGUUUUGAGGGUCUUUUGAUUAGAGAAAGAUUGGAUUUUGAGUGCUUAAGGGUCUGUUUGGUGUUGUGCUGAAGAGACAGAAGAGAGAAAUUUUGGCGUUUUGUGUAUAUGGGAGUUUGGUGAAUGGUUUUGAGGGUCUUUUGAUUAGAGUAAGAUUGGAUUUUGAGUGCUUAAGGGUCUGUUUGGUGUUGUGCUGAAGAGACAAUAGAAAAAUUUUGGUGUUUUGAGGGUCUUUUGAUUGGAGAAAGAUUGGAUUUUGAAAGGUUUAUAUAGAGUUGUUAGUAUAAAAAUGGUGAGUGGUACUUUGUUUCAUUAUAGAAAGAACUCAUGGCCACCUGAGGAGUAUAUCACUAAAGCAACUUUGCAAUUGUUCGAUUUUGAUAGUGCUGCUCCACCAUCUCAAGCUUGGAGAAGGAAACUAAACAGCCAUGCUAGCAAGUUAAAAGAAUUUAGUGUCACAUUCAGAGAGGCAAUAAAAAUGGUUCGGCUUGGUAUACGUCUAUAUUCAUAUGUAAGGGAAGAAGCAUCCUAUGGAAGGAGAGCUCCAAUUGAUCCCUUUACACGAGAACGCUGCAAACCAUCAGCUUCUCAAGGUGUUCCACUUGGAGGGAUGGGGAGUGGCAGCAUAUCCAGAGGCUUUAGAGGCGAGUUCAAGCACUUCCAAAUUCUUCCUGGAACAUGUGAGACUUCUCCAAUCAUGGCCAAUCAGUUCUCAAUUUUCAUAUCCCGGGAUGGAGGAAAGAAAAAGUAUGCUUCCGUUUUGUCUCCAGGAGAACAUGAAGGGCUAGGGAAGGCUAGUGAUCAUGGUAUAUCAUCAUGGGGCUGGAAUCUGAGUGGACAGCAUUCUACAUAUCAUGCACUCUUUCCUCGGGCUUGGACAAUAUAUGAUGGUGAACCAGAUCCAGAACUGAAAAUUUCUUGUCGGCAAAUAUCACCGUUCAUCCCAAAUGACUACAGCGAGAGCAGUCUUCCUACAUCAGUUUUUGUUUACACUUUGGUGAACACUGGGAAGGAAAGGGCACAAGUCAGCCUUCUUUUUACAUGGGCGAAUUCAAUUGGAGGUGUCUCGCAUCUAUCAGGAGAUCAUGUGAACGAACCAUUUAUAGGUGAAGAUGGAGUCUCUGGCGUACUCCUACAUCACAAGACAAAAGAAAACCCUCCUGUUACUUUUGCUGUAGCUGCAUGUGAAACUCAGAAUGUUAGCAUUACUGUUUUACCAUGUUUCGGUCUGACAGAGGGAAGCUGUGUAACAGCAAAGGAUAUGUGGGGUAAAAUGGUGCAGGAUGGGCACUUUGAUCGAGAGAACUUCAGCAAAGGACCAAGCAUGCCAUCAUCACUUGGGGAGACAUAUUGUGCUGCUGUUUCUGCAUCUGCAUGGGUUGAGCCACAUGGAAAAUGUACUGUGGCAUUUGCUGUUUCGUGGUCAUCUCCUCAAGUUAGAUUCAUGAAAGGAAUGUCAUACUAUCGGCGGUACACAAGGUUUUAUGGUAUCUCAGAAAGGGCUGCUGUAGAUUUGGUUCAUCAUUCAUUGACAAAUUAUAAGCUAUGGGAAGAAGAAAUUGAGAAAUGGCAAAAUCCUAUCCUUAAUGAUGAUAAGCUACCGGAAUGGUACAAGUUUACGCUAUUUAACGAGCUGUAUUUUCUGGUGGCUGGUGGAACAGUAUGGAUUGACUCUGGGAUUCCUUCUUCAGAUUCAGUUAGUACGAGAACGAGGCCGAGUAAGGAAGUCAAAGUAACUAAAGUCAAAUCGAAUAAAAAUGGUGUACAAGUGGAGAAGGCUGCAUAUAAUGGUUAUGGGGAAGACAAUCAUUUCUCAAGUUCUGAUAAGUUUUCAGGGUCAGUUAGUGACAGUGAUGAUGUGGGUAGGUUUCUAUACUUGGAAGGCGUAGAAUAUAUUAUGUGGUGUACAUAUGAUGUGCACUUCUAUGCCUCGUUUGCACUUCUUGCUUUAUUUCCUAAAAUUGAGCUCAGCAUUCAAAGGGAAUUUGCUAAAGCUGUCUUAUGUGAAGAUGGAAGAAAAGUGAAAUUUCUGGCAGACGGUAAUUGGGGAAUACGGAAGGCCAGGGGGGCUAUUCCUCAUGAUCUUGGAAUGCAUGAUCCUUGGCAUGAAAUGAAUGCCUAUAACAUACAUGAUACUAGUAGAUGGAAGGACCUCAAUCCAAAAUUUGUGCUUCAGGUCUAUAGGGACUUCGCAGCAACUGGCGAUUUUUCCUUUGCUACAGACGUCUGGCCUUCUGUAUGUGCUGCAAUUGAGUAUAUGGAUCAAUUUGAUCGUGACAAUGAUUGUCUAAUUGAAAAUGAUGGUUUCCCUGAUCAAACAUAUGAUACAUGGACGGUUCAUGGAAUCAGUGCUUACUGUGGUGGUUUAUGGCUUGCUGCUCUUCAAGCUGCGGCUGCAAUGGCCAUGCAUGUGGGCGACUAUGCCUUCGCAGAAAAAUGCAAAGGCAAAUUGAUAAAAGCCAAGACAGUAUAUGAGGAAAAACUAUGGAACGGCUCAUAUUUUAACUAUGACAGUGGAUCUAGUAGUAACAGUAAGUCAAUCCAGGCUGAUCAGCUAGCUGGACAGUGGUAUAUGGCAUCGUCUGGCUUGCCUGAUCUCUUUGAUGGUGUAAAGAUCAAGAGUACUCUUCAAAAAAUUUAUGACUUCAAUGUCAUGAAAGUUCGUGGAGGCAGAAUGGGUGCAGUAAAUGGAAUGCAUCCAAAUGGAAAGGUAGACGAGACUUGCAUGCAAUCCCGUGAGAUAUGGACUGGUGUCACAUAUGGCGUGGCUGCUACCAUGCUUCAUGCUGGUAUGGAGGAGCAGGCAUUCACUACAGCUGAAGGCAUAUUCACCGCAGGCUGGUCAGAGGAUGGCUUUGGAUACGCAUUUCAAACACCCGAAGGUUGGACCAUCGAUGGACAUUUUCGAUCUCUGAUAUAUAUGAGGCCCCUUUCAAUUUGGGGCAUGCAGUGGGCGCUAUCGAUGCCUAAGACAGUCCUUGAUGCUCCUAAGAUCAAUAUAAUGGACAGAAUUCAAGUGACCCCCUACACUCCUCAGGAGACUUGUGUCCGGAAAAUAGCCGAAAAAGCAAAAUGCUGUAACAGUAGAAUCUUCAGCUGUACUUGCUGAGUCCAUUCAGUUCUUAGUUUUUAACCUUCUGUAGAAAUUCAUUCCUUUCUUCCGCGUCUAGAGGGACCGCGAAAAGUGGCUGUCUAGACUUCGAUAGAGAGAUAAUUACGAAAGUUAGUAUGGGAAUUUGGUUCCAUAUCGAUGAGUUUUUAACUUUGUCACUCGUCGUCUUUCGUGUAUAUUGCAAGAUAUAUGUAAUUUCUUGUUGAAGUGGUUCAUAGGUGAAACCGAGUUUUUGGGUAUUGGAUUGCACACACAUUACCCUCA